AUAAACAGACGAUAAAGGCUGUGAUUCAAGGCGCUAGCGUCUGGCUGACGAGAGUUAUCCCGCCUGGAGACGGCUACGUGUUGCCAGACAACCUCCACACUCGCCGCUUGGCUCUCUAACACUUCACAAACGCAAAACAUGACUGCUGUCACCUUGCAAGGUGGAGGUGUGGUCACCUGCCCAGUUUCCCGCCUAAAGGCUGGCCUGACCCUUGUGUCCCCUGUCCUGUGGGUCAGUAUCAGUCUGCUGCUGCUGCUGCUGCCUGUCGGAAGCUGUGAUGCUGGAGACGCGCCAUGUCCUGCCGAAGAAACAGCUCUGCUGCUGUCACCACUCAUUGCUUCAGGCAAAAUUCACUUAGCUCAGGAGAAAAGUCGAGUCAGAUGUCUGCCCGGGGCUGACCUAGAGAGCUACUCAGGCUUCAUUAGUGUGGACAAACCCGAAUGUGGCAGCAAUCUUUUCUUCUGGUUCUUUCCUGCUCAGGAACGACCUAAAGACGCACCGUUGCUGCUGUGGCUGAAUGGAGGGCCAGGUCGCUCCUCCAUGUACGGCGCCAUGUUUGAAAACGGACCUUACGAGUUGACUAACACCGUCUCCCUGACCGUGGUGAGACGGAACGUGACGUGGGUGAAGUACUUCUCUAUGCUCUAUGUGGACAACCCGGUUGGAGCGGGCUACAGCCACACACUUAACAACUGCUACUCCACAACUCUGAAUGAAUCGACUGCUAAUCUCUACAGUUUCCUUCAACAAUUUUUCGUCCUGUUUCCGCAGUUUUCAAAGAACGAUUUCUACAUCGGUGGGCAGUCAUACGCAGGCAAGUACGUGCCCACCCUGGGUUACUACAUACACCACCGGAUGGACAGCGACGACAAGCCGCGCAUGCGCCUGAAGGGAAUCUAUAUUGGAUCCGGAUAUUGCGAUCCGUUAAAGAUGCAACCAGAGAUGCCAGAAAUGUUAUACAGCGUUGGUAUCUACUCUGACUUCGAUCGUCGUCAGCACUUGAAGCGUAUCGCGGACGGCUGGAGCAAACCUAAUCGCAACCCGUUCUACCCCGAAGAUGGUUUGUUUUGGGACAUUAUGAUAUACUACGACACCAUGGGGCAUCCAACCGAAAACACGUAUAAUUUUUAUGAUUAUCGCUUGGAUGGUGACCAACUAAUUAAUUGGGACAAACUGCUUGUCCGCUACCUGAGUAAGCCGUCAGUUCAGAACGCCCUCCACGUUGGCAGACGACCGGGAACAUCGGGAGCUAUGCCGAACCCCUUCAAUCCCCUAGAGAGCAUCGAGGGCGUUAGAAAGGAGAUGGCUCUACUGAUGGAUCACUACAAGGUUCUACACUACACGGGCAAUAUGGACAUCAUUGUCAACGUCAGAAUGACGGAAGCUUAUCUGAUGGCCACACCGUGGUCAGGUCAGGCCGACUACAACAACAGUCAGCGACACCCUUGGUGGUACAACGGACGGCUGGCUGGCUUCUACACCAAAGUCCACAAUUUUACUCGUGUGAUCAUAAGGAAUGCAGGCCACGAUGCCCCACAUGACCAGCCGGAGUGGACGCUGGCAAUGAUGCAACGGUUCAUCAACGACCAAUCCUUUUCGCCAUUGGCGACGAGUGGCGCUGUCUUAUGACGGUUGGCGUGGAGGCUGGGGAGCCUUAAUAUCAACUGUCUUGUCACCGCGAUCAUCUUGAUAUUUAUGUUGGGCUGCUGAGUGCUAAGAUAUACCAUAUAGCACCCUUCGGCCUUUCUGUUAAAACAAUAUUUCUGAAGUACACUAGAGAUUUCUGGGAUUAUAAACUUUAAGAAUGUGUAUUUUUCAUUCUACGAGAUAUAAUGGUUGUGGGGACUGUAGUAAUAUCAGCUAAUAGUGAAAUAGAAGUUGUUAUUCAUAACAGAAGAACAUUUCAUUCAGUCUAAACUUCUUAAUCCGUCUUUCAGCGAAACAUUCGUUUAAUAUGUCUUUUAAUGGUACACACAUCUUACUCAAUUUUGCGAAUGUAUUUCAUAUUAGCAAUAUUUUUCAUUUUAAUUCAUUUCGAUUACUUGUACACGUAUUCGCACACGUACCCAUGCACUUGUCUCCUUGAUACUGAGUUAACACAGAACUGAUGGUAUCAUCAGG